GGGACUAAGGUGGGACGAGCCGACUGAAUGUAGUCGCUGUGUUUUGAAGAAAGAAAGAAGGCCCACAUUGGUCCCGUUUGUAGCGAUCGGACAGCAGCGCUUGGGGUUUCUUCUGACAACAGACUAUCUGAGGAUACUGACAGCAGUCUCCAGAACAAGGUGGAUUCUCCUCUCAGCCAUCUUGACUGUUGCUCGCCGCCCUGAAGGCUGUUUUCUCUCCUCCUCCUCCUCCUCCUCCUCCUCCUCCUCCUCAGCUGAAAGUAAACACGGCUUGCACAUUGCUUGCAACUCCGUGCAAGAUCCUGAGAGAAGCGAGAUGGGCUCGCUGCGCAACAUCUAACCGGACCAGAGGCGAAAGCAGACGGCGGAGAGGAUUUAUUGCUGUUGGUACCAGAGCAGAAGAGGGGGGACACGACGCGCCGGAGGGAUGGACCUGUUUGGGAUUUACCUGCUGCUCUCACUGGCUCUCCUGCCCCGAUCCAGCUGCACCACGGCCAAGGAGAUCACCUGCCAGGAGAUAGCCGUGCCCCUGUGCAAGGGGAUCGGCUACAACUACACCUACAUGCCUAACCAGUUUAAUCACGACACGCAGGACGAAGCGGGACUGGAGGUGCACCAGUUCUGGCCUCUGGUUGAGAUUCAGUGUUCGCCGGACUUGAAGUUCUUCUUGUGCAGCAUGUACACCCCAAUCUGCCUGGAGGACUAUAAGAAACCUCUCCCGCCGUGCCGGAGCGUGUGCGAGAGAGCCCGGGCCGGCUGUGCGCCUCUCAUGAGGCAGUACGGCUUCCCCUGGCCGGACAGGAUGAAGUGCGACCUGCUGCCUGUGCAGGGCAACCCGGACACACUGUGCAUGGACUACAACAGAACCGACUCCACCACAGUGUCCCCUGUCCUCUCCAAACCCACCAACCACCCCGGUAAGGGUUACAAUCCACCUAAGAAUAAGCCGAACCGACCCGGGGCGCCUGGGAAGUACAAGCCGCCCGCAGCGCCGUGUGAGCCGGGGUGCAAGUGUUUGGAGCCCAUGGUGCCGGUGAACACGGACCGCCACCCGCUCUACAACCGUGUCAAAACGGGACAGAUCACCAACUGCGCCAUGCCGUGCCACAACCCCUAUUUUACGCACGACGAGAGGGCAUUCACCGCCUUUUGGAUAGGACUCUGGUCCGUGCUGUGCUUCGUAUCAACUUUUGCCACCGUCGCCACUUUCCUCAUCGACAUGGAGCGGUUCAAGUACCCGGAGAGACCCAUCAUCUUCCUCUCAGCGUGCUACAUGUUCGUGUCCAUCGGCUACAUUGUCAGACUGAUAGCCGGGCACGAGAAAGUGGCGUGCAACCGGGAGUUCGACGUGGAGCACAUCCACUACGAGACCACCGGCCCCGCGCUCUGCACCGUGGUCUUCCUCCUUAUUUACUUUUUUGGCAUGGCCAGCUCCAUCUGGUGGGUCAUCCUGUCUCUGACCUGGUUCCUCGCAGCCGGCAUGAAGUGGGGCAACGAGGCGAUCGCCAGUUACUCACAGUACUUCCACCUGGCCGCCUGGCUCAUCCCCAGCAUGAAGUCCAUCACGGUGCUGGCGCUGAGCUCCGUGGACGGGGACUCGGUGGCGGGCAUCUGCUACGUGGGGAACCAGAACCUGGACAACCUGCGGGGCUUCGUUCUGGCCCCUUUGGUGAUUUAUUUAUUCAUUGGCACUAUGUUCCUCCUGGCCGGAUUUGUGUCCCUGUUCCGGAUCCGCAGCGUCAUCAAACAGGGGGGCACCAAGACGGACAAGCUGGAGAAGCUGAUGAUUAGAAUAGGCAUCUUCACGGUGCUCUACACGGUGCCAGCCACCAUCAUAGUCGCAUGUUACUUUUACGAGCAGCACAACAGGCAGAGCUGGGAGAUCACGCACAACUGCUCCAACUGUUUAUUAGAGAGGGACCGCAGGAGUCCGGACUAUGCAGUUUUUAUGUUAAAGUACUUUAUGUGCCUUCUGGUGGGCAUCACGUCCGGAGUGUGGAUCUGGUCUGGUAAAACUUUAGACUCGUGGAGGACUUUCUGCACUAGGUGCUGCUGGGGCAGUAAAGGCACCAGCGGCUCCAUGUACAGCGACGUGAGCACCGGACUGACGUGGAGGUCGGGCACGGCCAGCUCCGUGUCUUGCCCCAAGCAGAUGCCAUUGUCCCAGGUUUGAUUUUG